AAUUUGCUUCCUCUGUUUCGAACCCAAUUGGUGGCAUCUUCGUCUUCAUCUUCAUCAUCGUCAUCAAUUUAUCUGUAGCUCCUUUCACAAGCAUUUCUUCAAUUUCAUAGCGAGAGAGAGAGAGAUCAGAGAGAAAAACGAAACGAAUCCGUGAGAGGAAAAAUAUAACAGAAAGAAAAUCUUAAAACUGACAAAGAGACGUUAUACAUGCACAUAUAUAGAUAUACGUUUGUUUUGUGUAGCUAUAGCUCUUUGAGAGUUUGAAUUUUCCCGAGAUCUUUGACCGGAGGGAAAACGAAGAAGAUAUAGAAAUCUAGCACCACGACGAUUCGGGAGACUCUCUUGGCUCUUGCCUUGUGCUUGGAUCUGGUUCCGUUGUAAAUUUCAGGUUUUGAUUGAUUCUAAUUCACCAGACGAAGUUAGCUUUUGUUCACCUAGAUUAGGCUAUUGAGGUGUUGUUGUGGCUCUGCGAAUAAAGGUUUUGAUGAGAUGAAGGCAGUUAAAAGAUGGAGUAUAGGGAACUUAGGCGAUAUUCCCGUGUCUUUUCCUGGAGCUCGACACCGUGCUCCCCCCGCAAGACGACGAGUAUGGAUCAUCAUGGUGCUUUCACUGAUCAGCAUGUUCUUUAUUACGGCUUACAUGUACCCUCAUCAUAGUAAAAGGGCUUGUUAUAUGAUUUCAUCAAGAGGAUGCAAAGCUUUAGCUGAUUGGCUUCCACCUUCUCUGAGGGAAUUUUCAGAUGAUGAGAUUGCAGCUCGCGUAGUCAUUAGAGAAAUAUUGAGUUCAUCUCCUGUCAUUAGAAAGAAUUCUAAAGUUGCAUUCAUGUUUUUAACUCCCGGUACAUUACCUUUCGAGAGGCUUUGGGACAGAUUUUUCCAGGGCCAUGAAGGGAAAUUCUCUGUUUAUAUACAUGCAUCAAAGGAAAGGCCAGUUCACUACAGUCGUUACUUUGUCAACCGCGAAAUUCGUAGUGAUGAGGUGGUGUGGGGAAGGAUAUCAAUGGUUGACGCAGAGAGACGGUUGUUAGCUAAUGCUCUCAGAGACACUUCAAACCAACAAUUUGUUUUACUCUCUGAUAGUUGUGUACCACUUCGAAGUUUUGAAUACAUUUACAAUUACCUGAUGCACAGCAAUCUCAGCUAUGUUGACUGCUUUGACGAUCCAGGUCAACAUGGAGCAGGCAGGCAUAUGAAUCACAUGUUGCCUGAAAUCCCAAAGAAAGAUUUUCGAAAGGGUGCACAGUGGUUCACCAUGAAGCGACAACACGCUGUAGCAACUAUGGCAGAUAGUCUUUACUACUCUAAAUUUCGGGAUUACUGCGGGCCAGGUAUAGAAAACAACAAGAACUGCAUAGCUGAUGAACACUAUCUGCCAACAUUCUUUCAUAUGCUCGAUCCCGGUGGUAUUUCUAACUGGACUGUAACACAAGUUGAUUGGUCUGAGAGAAAGUGGCAUCCCAAAACGUAUAUGCCUGAGGAUAUCACACCCGAGUUACUAAACAACCUCACGUCUACUGACACACUCGUACAUGUCACAAGUGUUGGGGUGGGUGAAGAAAUAUGGAUGCCUUGUAUGUGGAACGGAAUCAAAAGACCGUGCUACUUGUUUGGAAGAAAAUUUCACCCGGAUACACUCGAUAAACUGUUGGAUCUCUUCUCAAAUUACACAAGAUCAGUCACUUGGAAUUUGUGAUUAAAAGGGUAGUUUUCUUCUACACACUCAGAUUCUUUGACCAAUGUUCGUCUUCCCAACCCAUAUGAAUCAAAAUCACCUUUGAAGCUGUAACACCACAAGUAUAGAAGCUUAAGGAGGUAUAAGAUUUAUACUCAGUUUAGGCUUCAUUUGGUUGGAAGGAGACGUUGGUUUUAUUUUUAUCUACUCUGUUUUUUUGGCUAUAUCUCAUUGUUACGUUACUGUUGUGAAAAGGAGAAUUUUAGACCGGUUUUUUUUUUUUUUUUGGGAUCGAUUUUGUUGUGUGUUCAGAAUGUUAAACAAACAAAUUAUACAGGUUUAUAGAGUUUCUUUGCACAUA